CCGGUUUUCCCGGGAUUGUUCUCUUUUUUGAGUCACAGUCCCGGAAAAUGUAUAUUCUUUCCCGGGACACGAAUUGUCCCGGUUUUUUGUGAAAAUGUACUUUUAAAGCAGAAUUUCCUGGUUUAAAAUUAAAGUGUUUCCUUCUACUGUUUCUGUGUUCAUCCAAUCAUGUGUCCGUAACCGGGCAAAAUAAAACAGGUAACACGGUGGAUUGGCCAGGCGUUUACUUUUAUUUGAUUGGAAGCUCAACUUAUCGCCUAGCAACUACCUGUGCUGGCGGUUGGUCGCACGCGUCGCAUCCACAGAUUCCACACACACAUCCUAGAUGAAAGUUUGAGUUAGGUUGCUAGACUAGUCAGCUUGUAAAACGAUCGAUUUACUCAGUUUUGUGAAAUGGAGGGAGAGACAGACGAGGAGGAUAAUAACACAACAAAAUCGGGUAAGCCACCAGUGUCAAAAAAAAAAAGAUUUACAACCUACAACUCGGACUGGGCGAAAAGAGAAAACUUUUCAGAAUGGGUAAGGCCAACCCAAGGAGACCCGUUCUCCGCUACCUGUGUUUUGUGUCAUGCUAAAAUUUCAGUUAAAUAUGAAGGAAAAACAGCGCUGGAAAAUCAUGCAAAAACAAAGAAGCACCAGAGUUUUGCAUUAAGUAAACGCAAAAAUGUUGCCAUUGCAACGUUUAUGACAAAGAAAGGUUCACCAGAAGAAGAAAGGAUAGCAGUAGCUGAGCUUAGCAGUGUAUACCAUGGAGUGCUUCACGGCCACAGCUACUUAUCUACAGAUUGUGGUAAUAAAGUAAAUGCAAAAAUCUUUCAUGACUCAAGUAUUGCCACAAAAAUGUCAUGUGGAAGAACAAAAAGCGAAGCUUUAGUUCAAAACGUCCUAGCACCUUACAGUCAGGAGCGUUUAGCUACAGAACUGAAAAAUACCCCAUAUUUUUCUGUCUGCUCUGAUGCAUCAAACUCAGGGAGCGCUAAACUUUAUCCAUACACAGUCCAAUAUUUCCAUGAAGAUGAGGGUGUUAAAUAUGGGCUAUUGGAUUUUUACGAAGACCCCCAUGAAACCAGCAGAGCUAUCUACAAACAAAUUUUGGAUAUCACAGAAGCAAAUGGCUUGUGUGUCAGCCAGAUCAGUUCAUAUGGUGCUGACAAUGCAUCUGUAAAUUUUGGCAAGCAUAAUUCUGUAUUUCAAAAACUGAAAGAAGUCACUCCACACAUCAUAAAGGGUAACUGCAAAUGCCACUUGAUCCACAACACCCUGAAAAACGCAAACAGAAUUCUCAGCGCUGCAGGUUAUGAUGUUGAAUCCAUUGUCCUAAAAAUGUACAGUGAAUUCUCAUGCUCAGCCAAAAAAGUAGAAUCUCUGAAAGAAUUUUGUGUGUUUACUUCAGUACAGUACAAAGAGAUACUGAGGCAUGUUCCAACCCGUUGGUUAUCUCUAUUGCCUGCAAUUCAGCGGAUCCUGGAGUGUUGGCCUGCCCUCAAGUCUUAUUUUUUGUCACUGGGAAAGAAGGAUUGUCCUGACAUUAUCUGGAAGGUUGUAUGCAGAAGUGGUCCUGAUGCUGCCGACAGCAAUGAUGAGGAUGAUGUGACAGUCUCUGAAUGUUUCCUGUUGCUCAUGCACAAUGUAAUGCAGGAAUUUGACAGCGCAAUUCGGAAGUUGGAAAAUGAGAGUGCUACUCUACUGGAUGUUCAUGGAGUAAUUAGCCGAUUGCGCAGUCAACUAAUCUCACGUCGUGCAGACAGAUUUUAUGGUAGUAAAACGAAGCAAGCAUUCCGAAAACUAAGUGCAAGAGCCCAAACAGAGUUUGCAACACUGGUCGACAGCUUCUUUGAAAAGGCUGUUCAAUACCUAGAGGCUAACUUUGAUUUUGAUGAUCCAGUUAUGUCUAACGCUAGCUGUCUGGGACUGAGUGGUCCAAUGGAAUGGGAUGCUCUGGAGCGACUGGUUGACAAAUUAGCUUUGAGCAUUGAUGAAGACAAACUGUAUCAGGACUACACUGUACUGAACAAUGUAUUUGAAAGCAUCCCAGAAGAGCUGGCACCAGACAAGAAAUGGGCUUUUUUUUUCAAGAAGGAGAAAGCAGCAACUGAAUUGCUCAAAGUGGUAUCAUUUGUUUUUUCUGUCCCUGUCAGCAACGCCUAUGCUGAGCGUGUAUUUAGCCACAUGGAGGAUGUCUGGUCAGACAAAAGGAACAGGAUGUCAGUGGGGUUGGUCAAAGCUGAACUUCAAGUUAGAUUAAACUUUAAAUUAUCAUGCUUGGAGUUUAAAGCAUUCAUUGAGGGACAGCCGAGACUUCUGCAGGCAGCAAAAAGUGAUCAGAAAUACACAUGGAAAAAGAGAAAGGAGUCCAGAGUGAGUGCAUCUACAUCAGGGAGUGCAUCUAUGUCAGGGAGUGCAUUUAUGUCAGGGAGUGCAUCUACUUCAGGGAUAGCAUCUACAUCAGGAAGUGUAUCUACAACAGGGAGUGCAUCUACGUCAGGACAAAUAUAGGUAAGAGAGGGAAUAGAGUCCUACAACUGUUAACAUAGUAUAUUUGCAAAUAUGAGUUGACCCCCCUCCAAAAAACAAAACAAAAAUACAUUUCAUCUGAGUGUCCCGGUUUUUCACAAAUCAAAGGUGGCAACCCU